UUACGGUAACAUGACGGUUAGCUUCUGUCAUCUCUUCAUUUCAUCCUUCAUCACGGCCCGACCUCUCCUGGUAUUGUUCGUGGUUUUCGUUGCUACAGAAGUGUGUAGUCGGACGGGAACUCCUCGAGUUGUGUGAAACAGUUCACUCGGUCAUCGGCGAGUUUCGGCGAGUGUGCCUUGCGACUGCCAGUGUCAGCACAAAGCCGAAGUGCUUCACGAGUAUCCACGGCAGCGUGUGCAGUAACCUUCCUGUUUACCCCGCCUUCCACACCAAAAAUGGAAAAGCAUGUGACUAAGCCGUUGUCGCGGCAAUACAUCGUUGAGGGUCCGGUCGUCAAUCUGUCGGUGCAACCUGCUGGGUACGAACUUGACCCGCCGCAGGCAGCCUACUACGCUUUCCGUGCCGCCGGCAAAACUGUCAGAAUCCUGAUAGAGAGAACCGGCGACAAGCCCAUUCAGUACUCUUGCCCGCAACCAGCAAAGCAAGUUGACCAGUGGGCGACCUCGGCGGCCCCAACUUCGACAGCAGUCGAAGGUCAACAUUAAGUGUACCAGGGGUGAGCAACUAGUCAAAUGCGAAAUCUUGAGGCUGUCGCUGGAUUAAGACGUAUACUCGUACAUCGUGCUUCAUCGCGAGUUGCUAGGUCGAGUAGCUUUAGCAGCAGGUGUGGUUUCGGAACGGAAGCACACCGGAGGACGAGGUUGAAGCCUCGAGAGUGUCGCAUAUCGUCAAGCAGCAACGUCGUGCCUUGCUAAUCCGUCAGGGGCACACGCUCGUGGGUUUCGUGAAACUUAACGGAUGCAUGUCCCUGGAUACGUUAUACGUGGGCGCCACGUUGUUAAACGAUUGCCCGGGGUACAGUCUAGUGUGCCCGAACGCUGCCGCCAUAAUUGGACUUACAAUUAGCGCUGGUGCUGUAAAUUAGAGGUGCGCCUUCGCAGUGUGACAACCCGAAGAUCGUGUGGCACAGGGUUACUCUGUUGUGCAUAUCACUUCUUCCCUGCAG